AUGUCAUCGCAGAAGGUUCAACACUUGAUCGAUGUCAUUAAAAAAAAUUGCAAACUUAAAAAUGUUGACGCGACACGUCGAAAAAUAGAAAAGAUAGUGAAAGAUGGUCUUGGAAACUUACAAGUUGUUUGUGAUUUCGAUUGUACAAUGACACGUUAUUUUACUUUGAAUCGUGAACGAAAUCCAGGCUCACAUAAGAUACUGUCUUCAAGUUCUCGUUUAACUGAAGAAUUCAAAAAGGAAACAGAAAAAUUAUGUGAAAUUUAUUAUCCAAUUGAAAUGGAUAAAAUAUUGACAAAAGAAGAGAAAACACCAUUCAUGAUUGAAUGGUGGGAAAAAGCUCAUGAACUUUUAAUAGGUCAACAUAUCAACAAAGACGAUGUAAAAGGGAUGGUAGCAGAAACACCAGUAGAAAUGAGGCCAGGAUUGGAUAUGUUAAUUAAAACAUGCAAGGACAACGACAUACCGUUCUUGAUAUUUUCAGCCGGGAUUGCUAAUGUCAUUGAACAAGUCCUUGUCACAAAGAACCUUUAUUAUCCUGAUAAUAUGCAUAUUGUAUCUAAUCAAAUGGGAUUUAAUCCAGAAACGGGGAUAUGUGACCAUUUUGAAAUACCUCUGAUCCACAUAUUCAACAAAAGUGAGAUUAUGAUUAAGAACAGUUCUUAUCACACCGCUAUCGAAAAUCGUGGGAACGUUAUUUUACUGGGCGAUUCAGUUGGUGACAUACAUAUGUCUGACGGAAUUCAACACGAGACUUGCUUAACUAUCGGAUUCUUAAAUCAUAUGGUUGAGGAUUUAAUAAAUACCUAUUUAGAAACGUUCGAUAUUGUUGUAGUCGAUGAUGGACCAAUGGAUAUAGUAAAUAAUAUCCUGGAUGUUUGUUCUAAAAAUUCAUGA